AUGCAGCGCGAAUUAGCUCUGAGUAAAACCGAGCCGGAAGUUCAGGAAUGCAGUGGUUUCAAAACAGCGAAAUUGCCAAAACUAGUCAUUUCUAAGUUUGAUGGCUCGUAUAUGGUGUGGUCAAGGUUUUGGGGACAGUUUUCCGAAGCUAUAGAUAAGAGCACGAUUCCGCCCAUAACAAAGUUUACUUACUUACGCGAGUUACUCGCUCCGAAAAUCAGACGGUGUGUUGAAGCUUUGCCAUUCUCAGUGGAAGGUUACAAUCGUGCCAAGUCAAUCCUCACUGAUAAGUACGGAAAGGAAUCAGCGAUUGUCAAUAGCUAUGUGAAAGAGAUAUUAGAACUGGCCUACAUAUCUAACGCGAACACUCGUAAGAUCGCGGAAUUCAGUGAAAAAUUGUCCUAUUGCGUGCAAGCCCUUGCUACAAUGCAAAAGUUAGAGCACAUUCGGGGAAAUGUUGCCAUGACCCUUGAGAAAUUAGCUGGGAUAAGGGGAGAUUUGGUACGCAGCGACCCUGACUGGGAAUCGUGGGAUUUUGGGCAAUUGAGCGAAGCCCUGCGCCAGUUGGUGAGACGAAACCCUGUCGUAUCGAAUGACAAGGACCGAGAAGUCAAGCCGCUGUUCAACGCGCAUAGAGAAGACGAGAGGAUAAAAGGUUGCGUUUAUUGCGGGGACAGUGAACAUAAAGCAACUCAGUGCACAAAAAUCGUAGAGUCGAGCGAGCGUAAGAAAAUUCUGGCAAGAAAAGGUUUAUGUUUCAAUUGCGCCACUAGGAAACACCGCGCUUCCGAGUGCUCUAGUAAGACGUCCUGUCAACAUUGCGCGAAACGUCACCAGUCUUCGAUCUGUGAAAAGCGGUUGGAAACACACGGAGGUGACGGGGAGCUAAAGAUAGACGGCGCAAGUGACGAUGGAGUCUUCCCAGUCGUUGUUGUCAAGGUGAAAGGCGUGAAGUGCCGUGCGUUGAUAGAUUCCGGUGCCGGGGGGUCUAAUUACGCGUCGGCGAAAUUGAUCAAGACGUUAAAUACACAACCGAGCGAAGUCAAGUCCCAGCGAAUCGAGAUGUUGAUGGCCACUAAAACCACGCGAAUAGAGAUGUACGACACUGAAAUAAGUUCCCUGGACGAGAGCUUUAAACUCAACGUGAAGGUGUCUAAAGUCGACAAACCCGAGCUGUUGACCGUGAAUAACCCCAGUUAUGACAGAUUGAAGCAGAGUUACGAACAUCUACGGGGCGUCGCUCCAUGA